AGUAAUUAGAAAGCGAACCAAAAAUGUCUCCACGGGUUAAGCUCAUCGGCGCGUUCGGCAGCCCAUUUGUGCACCGUGCCGAGGCGGCCCUGCGGCUCAAGGGAGUGCCUUACGAGUUCAUCCCAGAGGACCUGGAAAACAAGAGCGAGCUGCUGCUGAAGCAUAACCCCAUCCACAAGAAGGUGCCCGUGCUCCUCCACGGCGACCGGACCAUCUGCGAGUCCAUGGUCAUCGUGGAGUACGUCGAUGAGGCCUUCGAGGGGCCGCCUCUCCUCCCUAGCGACCCCAUCGACCGUGCCGGCGCUCGUUUCUGGGCUCAUUUCAUGGAUCAAAAGUGUGGGAAGCCAUUAUGGCUGUCACUGUGGACGGAGGGCGAGGUGCACAAGGGGUUCGUGAAGGAGACGAAGGAGAACCUGGCGCUCCUGGAGGCGCAACUUGAUGGCAAGAGGUUUUUUGGAGGCGACUUCGCUGGCUACCUGGACAUAGCCCUCAGCGGGUUAGCUCGCUGGAUCGGUGUGCUUGAGGAGGUGACUGGCGUGAGCUUGAUGGGAGAUGAGUACCCUGCUCUUCGCCGCUGGGCCGAGGAGUACACCUCCAACGAAGCUGUGAAGCAGUGCCUGCCGAGCAGAGACCAUCUUGCUGCCUACUUCACUGCAAAGAAGGAUACCCUCAAACUCAUGUCCAUGGCGAUGCUGCAGCAGCAGUAGUUCGAAACGAAAAAGAUCGUGUCGUUCUUUGUAUGGGAUUGUUGUAUCAUCCUAUGGUUAUAUGUUAGUUGCGGUCAUGGUGCUGUCUGAAUAAAACGGAAGUGUGUAAUGAUGUCCGGGGAUAUGUGUUUCAUGUAUUGUGGUCCUUAUCGGUGUAAUAUUUCAUAGUUCAGAAAGCAAAUUAAAAUACAUUUUCCGUCGUAA